CAUAAACAGUCGAAGCAGAUUUUCCAUACUGUGACAUCGUUUCUGCCGUAUUUUAACAAAUAAAACCGAAUCAAUCGCUUCAAAUUUCGUUCAAAAUAGAAACAAAAUGGCAGUUUCAAGAUACCGGUCGUGGUGUCUUGGAUUAAGAAUAAAGUGUUUCAUUAUCGCCUAUCUGAAUCUGUUCGCGUGUAUCGUCGACAUUUUCUGUCAUGUGUUGGUGGUCGCCAUCACUACUGACGGCUUCCAAUGUGACGUCAGCAAAGCCAGUAUCCUCGAUGAUGUCUGGCCGUGGCUUGAGCCCCUACUCCUGGUCGUAAACAUUGGUACUCAUGGUUUUUACCCGCUCCCCUUGACCUUCAGCCAGACGGGUUCCUUUCUGGGCUACCUGGAGCCUGUAGCCACCCAAGCCACGUGUUACCCAGGAAUGUUCCACGUCUCUAUGGUCGAUAUGUUGAAUUUCAUGAUCAAUAUAAUAUGGUUGUAUUUCGUCAAGGCGUUUGUUCGCGGCGUUCAUAAAAAAGAUCCUGAAUCGAUGCGUGUGUUCUUUGGCAUAGGCGUCCUGAAGCUGAUCAUUCAGAUCCUGUACUUCGGCUACCUUCCCGACUUCAAGUCUGUCUCUAGCAAUGAAACCAUCUGGUUCGUCAAACUCCUGGAUAUCGCCAUUUCAGGCCUCUGUCUGGUCAUAAUUUACGAGUACAUAAAAUUGGUGGUUGUUGAAAAAAAGCGAGAAACGACAAGAGUGGUCGACCAACCGCCGCCUUACAUCGAAUGCCUUAUAGGAUCCGCUAAUCCUAUUAAAGAAGAAAAAAAAGAAGCUGUUACUAACCAACCUACGCAACCAGAUGGAGCCUCUGUAGCUUAGCUGUUAGCACAGAGCACAGAACCUGUCCUGCCCUCUCAGCCAAGUGUCAAACUCUCGAAAGCGUUUCCAUAUUACGAGCCGCUAAAGCAUUAGAUUAGUAUAUCACUAGAUACCGCGUAGCAGCUAGAAUAAAACUAUUUUCUUAGAUGAUAGUAUGGUAUCACUCCAUCUAGUGAUAAUUAUUCAAUGACCAUCGCUUUGGCGACGGGGGCGCUUUUGUAUUGAUUGAUAUUGGCUAGAGGAACAGAGAUACAAGGUAUUCUGUGGCUAAAGUAAUACUACGUUAGUUAUUUUGAUUAUUUAUGUAUUAGGUUAUAAGAUUAUACUUAUAUUUAGAUGAAAUGAAAGUCCUUUUUAGUUACGAUGAUUUAUCUUAUGAACCUACUACCAAUCUUCUGGUUUUUUCUGGUUUUAUAUUUUACAAAAAGCCAUCUAGGUUUUCAACAACACCAAAUUUUGUCUUAAAGCUUCUAUCCAUUAUACUAUUAGGUACAAGUAGCUCCCUAUAUCAAUAACAAUAUCUUCAAUUUUAUGUACUUAUUUUGUUUAAUCUCAUUUGCAUUAUCAACAUU